UUUGUUCUAGUUUCAAUAUUAUUUCGCGUGUAUUUAAGCAUGUCGAUACUUCUCAUUUAUGUUUUUUUAUUUUUCAUUUAAUAGAAAGAUUUAAUAUAUAAUAAGUGAUUUGUUUGUUACUUAGCAUCUAUACGUUGUGAGAUAAAAAUGAAUUUUGAUCAAGAUUAUAAGAAGUGUUUGAUCUUGCUUGUUUUAUCUCAAAGAGGUUAGGUUGUUAACAACAGAAAGAUGCGUUUUAUAAAUACUAUUUUUACGAGAUGUAUACAUGUUUAUACUCCAUUGUUACGAGAGAAACCGAACAAUUUGAAAGGCAAAAAACAUAGUUCCCAAUUAUGGUUGAAAAGACAGUUGCGUGAUCCCUAUGUUGAGAUGGCCAAACAAGAAAAUUAUAGAUGUAGAAGUGCUUUUAAAUUGUUAGAAAUAAAUGAGAGCAAAAAGAUUUUCAAUUUUGGAGAUAUCGUAAUAGAUUGCGGUGCUUCUCCAGGCAGUUGGUCUCAGGUUGCUGUCAAAUUAACCAAUGCGGAUGGUAAACAGGAUGGUUCCAUUGGGAAAGUUAUUGCAAUAGAUAGACUUCCAAUUUUCCCAAUAGAAGGUGCGACUGUUUUAGGAAAUAUGGAUUUUACUGCAUUAGAUACACACAGAAAAGUGCACCAAUUAUUAAAUGGAAUUAAAGCAAAUGCUGUUUUAUCCGAUAUGGCUCCUAAUGCUACCGGUGUACGGGAAUUAGAUCAUGAAAAUAUAAUGAAAUUGGCAUAUUGCGCUAUGAAGUUUGCUCUCCAAGUUUUAAACAAAGAUGGACUUCUUCUAGUUAAAAUUUGGGAUGGAUCUAAGUUAAUUCAAUUACAAAAUGAUUUAGCAAAAUUUUAUACAAGCAUCAAGAUAUGUAAACCCAAAGCAACACGUACCGAAUCCAGUGAAACAUUUGUUCUCGCAAGAGGUUUCAAAGGGUUGAAAAUAUCAUUUCCUAAUUCAUAAAAUAACAGACAGGCUAAAGAAAUGAAAGAACACAUUAAUUUUUUUUUUUGGAAUAAUAUCGUCUUAUCUUAUUGCGAUUGUUUCUACGCGCGAUGCAACAAAUGUAUUUAUACAAAUACAUUUGUUUACAGUAAAUUAUUGUAGAAUAUGUAAUAUACAUUGUUAUAUUUAGCCAUAAAUAAUACAAUAAUUGUUCAAUACAAUUACAAUUAAUACGUAUUAUGACAGUGUUCUUUUGUUUGUUCAUUAUUAAUACCAUAUAAUAUAUAUACACAAUUCUUUUAAUAAAGUUAAUAUUUACAUAAAUUGGUAUAUAAUAGAUAAGAAACAUUACACACCACAUUGAAACAUACAUAGAACAAUAAUGUUACCGACCACACUGUCGAGUGUCAUAUUUGUUUUAUCAUACGUGAUAUCACACGUAAAAGAGACAUAGCCAUACUAGUUGAACAUUAUUAAAAGUAAAGUCUAGUAUUAAUUUCCAUUGGUCGUACGUGUCUUUCGUAUAGGAUUAACUGUGUCAUGUGUGUUUCUUUGUAAAAAAAAAAAAAAAAAAAAAAAGAAAAAAAAAAGAAAACAAUGUACCGUGUAUCGUGUAACAUUAAAGAAUAAUAAUACCAGUGUAACAGGACAAGGCAUAGCGACAUCGAAGACUGUCAACUUUAAUGACUAUUCCGAGUCUAAAUUUGUAAAUACUAUUAAGGAAGGACCGUUGAAUAUCUUUCACAUCGAAAACAUUCAGAAGACAUGGAUACGUAAUUUUAACUGUACAAUUUUCGUGUAAAAUCGAUCUCCUUAUAUCAUAAAGUAGUACAAAACGAUGAUAUUACGAGUACGCUGAAUUUGAUGCAACUAUAAACGCUUAUAAGUAGCAUGAUUUUAUCGUUUAUAGCGUGAGGCGAGUAUGCAUUCGUGUGCGUGCGUACAUACAACUGCAGAGCCCAAUUUUGGAUAUAUAAAUACAUUAGGCCGACAGUUUCACGAGUUCGAGUCGUAUGUGUGUUUAUAUUUGUAUGUCCAAUCGUAUGAUAUAUAUAUAUAUAUAUAUAUAUAUAUAUAUAUAUAUAUAUGUAUAUAUGUAUAUAUGCAUAUGAUAAGAAGAAUGAUUUAUUUUUGGUAAAACAUUGUUCACAGUAUUUAUAUACGUAUCAAAUAAUAGGAUAUUCAAGUAUCAUCCAUUCUUUAAUAGGAAUUAAGAUAAUCUUCAUUUAAUAUUAUCUUGAACUGUAAAUAACAAAUGUUUUAUUAUUUAUUAUUAUUAAACAAACAAAAUUAAACAACAACGGUAUAACCUUCGUAAUAAUCAAAUGAUAAUAAACAGGUAUUACGAGUCGAGGACAUUCGAUCGAUCUGUAAGCAAAAAUUUGUAGAUAUGUACAUACAUAUGAAUGCAACGUCACGAAGGUUAAAUAAAUACGAAUUACCCGAA